GCGCUGAAAUUGAAAACUCUUUUGAGCACGUUGUUGGCUUAGCUGUUUUGCUACUUAUUGCUGUAGGUCCGAAUUGAAUUUCGUGAUAUGAAGAAACCAUGGCAUUUUGAAUGAACAAGAGUCGAACAAAAUUGUGAACCAUUGUCAUUUAAAGGUAUAACUUUGAUGCGCACUGAUCAACAAUUUGAUCGUUGGCGCUUCAAUUUUAUUUUGAAGCUUGUCAAUCAUGUCAAAGCAUAAGAAAAAGCCAAAGAUGGAGAAAUCACGUGGAUGGGACGAGUUUGAAGAAAAGUAUAAUCCUGGAAAUGCCUCAGCAAAUAUAUCCUUGGUGCAAAAUGAAAGUGAGAUUGAAUCUUCAUCGCAGAUGAUUGGUCAACCAACAGGAAAAGCCAUCUCAUUCAUGCGUGAAGUUGCAGCAAUGUUAUAUGCAUUCGGAGAUGUACGACAUCCUCUCAAAGAAACAGCUACAUUGGUUGAAAAAAUCACGUACGAUCAACUCUGCAAACUGCUGGUUGCUGCAGCAGAAGUAGCAGAGAAGCGUUCGUCUCGUGAAAUCGGAAUCGAGGAAUUUCUUUAUUUGCUUCGUAGAGAUGAAAGCAGAUUAUCAAGGUUCGCCAAACGAUUAAAAUUUCUCGACUCGAGGAAUAAAAUUAUUAUGCCAGCAACCGAAGCCGGUAAUGACGUGAAAGUAGAAAAUAUAGAAAUAGGAGAAGACGAUGAUGACGUCACAAAUAUAGUUGGUGAUUCUGGAAAUUUCAUGGGAAAGCGGUGGCAGAUUUGUGUGGAAUUCUUGUCGUACUUGGAUGAUAGCGGGGAAAUGGUGAAAGUCAUUUCAAGUAAUGUGAACGAUGAAAUCAAAACCAGAAGACUGGAGAGGGCAGAGCUCCAAACCAGGGACAUGAAUUCACACGAGUACAUGGAAUAUGUUAAGUGCAGACAAGUAACGUUUGCACCAAAUACAGGUAAAAAGAAAUUCAGAGAUUGGUUUGAUUUUGGCGAACUAAACAUCGAUAUACAACCUUCACCAUUUGGCUGGGACUCCAUCGAAUAUCUAGCACAGGAAACGGUAGCAGAGCUUGUUGACCUGGCGCUGAUAGUAAGAUCAGAAAACAUUCCACCGCUUAUACCUUGUGAGGCGGAGCCUGAUUUGAGACAUUUACCUUUGUAUGCUUCUUCGUCGUUGGUUCAGAGAGCGGAAGUCCUGAAUACUUCAGAAAGCGUGUCUGCCGAUUUGGAAUCAUCUAGCGAAGCAAAAACGCAGGCGAAAAAGAGCAAAACUGACAACCAGGCGUCUGUUAGCUUCAACCGCAAGUUGGCGCUAAAGCCUGAACACAUUCAUGAAGCCAUGCGCAGAUUCAACAGUCUGAACACAACAGCAAAGUUUUUAUCGAAAGUGAUGACAAUAUCGAACUUGCCACCGAAAACGAGACUGCUAUGCUUGUCAUGAUCUUUUUUUAUUCGAAAUAUGGUACUCCCGCAGUAUGUGAGCCAAUAUGGCGGACACCGGAACGAUGUAUGUGUACCAGGUUAGGGUUUGGCCAUAAUUUCAGAUACAAAUAAAAUACUACGGCAG